AUGAGGAUCCGUCUGGCGAGAAGAUGGACGUGGUUCCGCAAAAGCUGCGUGUUUCUCGGCUUCUUGAUGAUCGCUUACUUUGUGGUCGAGUUGUCGAUUUCUUCCUUCGGCGCCUCCCUCGGCGGGGAGAGCAUCACCAAAGGGAAAUGGGAGAGACGGUUUUCUGACAGAGCAGAAGCUGUGGAUUUGGCUCGUCCCGUUUAUGACAAAUCCCCGCCUGAUCCUUAUGCCCCAGGAGAAUGGGGUAAGCCCUCUCGCCUUCAGCUGAGUCCUGAGGAAAAGAAAAAGGAAGAAGAGCUGAUCGAAAAGUAUGCAAUAAAUAUUUAUUUGAGUGACAAAAUUUCUCUUCACCGCCACAUUGAAGAUAAUCGACUGAGUGGCUGUAAAACUAAAUCUUACAACUACAGAAAACUGCCCACGACCUCUGUUAUCAUCGCUUUUUACAAUGAAGCCUGGUCAACGUUGCUGCGGACAAUACAUAGUGUUCUUGAAACAUCACCUUCAGUGCUUCUCAAAGAAAUUAUACUGGUGGAUGACUUGAGUGAUAAAGUGUAUUUGAAGACUGAACUUGAAAAAUACAUAAGCAGUCUGAAAAGAGUUCGUUUGAUAAGAACCAACAAACGAGAAGGAUUGGUUCGUGCACGCUUAAUUGGCGCUACCUUUGCUACUGGUGAUGUCCUCACAUUUCUAGACUGUCACUGUGAAUGUGUCUCUGGCUGGCUGGAACCACUGCUGGAGAGGAUUGCUGAGAAUGAAACUGUUAUUGUUUGUCCUGUCAUUGACACCAUUGACUGGAAAACAUUUGAGUUCUACAUGCAAACGGCAGAGCCCAUGAUUGGGGGAUUUGACUGGCGGCUAACAUUCCAGUGGCACUCAGUGCCAAAACAUGAACGUCUCAGGCGCAAAUCAGACACGGACCCAAUCAGAUCUCCGACUAUGGCUGGUGGCUUGUUUGCUGUCAGCAAGAAGUAUUUUGAGUACCUGGGUACCUAUGAUACAGGAAUGGAUGUUUGGGGAGGGGAGAACUUAGAGUUAUCAUUUAGGGUUUGGCAGUGUGGAGGCACGUUGGAAAUCCAUCCAUGCUCCCAUGUAGGCCAUGUGUUUCCAAAGCGUGCACCUUACGCUAGACCGAAUUUCCUUCAGAACACGGCACGUGCUGCUGAAGUGUGGAUGGAUGAGUACAAAGAGCACUUCUACAACAGAAAUCCUUCAGCACGAAAAGAAAACUAUGGAGAUAUUUCUGAAAGAAAGAUACUAAGAGAGCGUUUGAAAUGCAAGAGUUUUAACUGGUACUUAAAAAAUAUAUUUGCCGAGUUGCAUGUACCGGAAGAUCGUCCUGGUUGGCAUGGUGCUGUCCGCAGUGCAGGAAUAGCUUCAGAAUGCCUUGACUAUGUCUUACCAGAACAUAAUCCUACUGGGGCUCACCUUUCUCUCUUUGGAUGUCAUGGUCAGGGAGGCAAUCAAUUUUUUGAAUACACAUCAAAUAAGGAGAUUAGAUUUAACUCUGUAACUGAGCUAUGUGCUGAAGUUCCUGAGCAUGAAGACUUCAUAGGUAUGAGGAGCUGCCCAAAAGAUGGAUCUCCUAUUCCAGAAAUUAUUAUAUGGCAUUUCAAAGAAGAUGGGACUAUCUAUCAUCCGCAUUCGGGAAAGUGCCUUACUGCUUAUCGUACAACUGAGGGGCGUGCUGAUGUGCAAAUGAGGACUUGUAAUGCCGGAGAUAAAAAUCAGAUUUGGAAGUUUGAGAAAUAA